AUGCUCGAUCUUGAGAACGACUUGGUGAGCUCAGAAAAGCACAAAGGCUCUGGAGAAACAUUUGAGCGGUCUUGUGCUGAAGAACCUCAAGAUGACGCUAUUCUGAUCGCAGCGCACGCCCAGGUGAGGUACUAGAAGCAAGCCUGGUAUCAACGGAACCGAAAACGAACUAUUUUUCUUGUGGUUCAAGACUUCACAUCCACGCUCUCAGCAUCGGGGAUGGUGCUAGAGCACGCU